GCAGCACCAGCCAAUAUGUGGAACUUCCCUGCUAGACGGAAAAAAUUCCAGCAUCUAACAGACCAACCAAAAUCACUGACUGGAGCCGGAAGGGAUAUUUCAUUUCUGUAUGACGUCAUACCAGAACCAAGCAAACAACCGUAGAUGACCCUUAUGAUAAGAGUUCUUCAAGAGCGUUAGAGAAAUACAGAGAAUCUGUACAAGGUAAAAAGCCUGGUAUGAGUUUACCGGAUACAUUGAUACCAGAAGAAUAUCACGUAGUGAAAUCCAAAGGUGUUCAAGGACUAGAAUUCAAUGAAGAUAAGUUUACUACACAGCUGUCAGAUAUGGAUAAGAAUCUACGUACUUUUCCAUCAAUGAAACCAGUGAGUCGGUAUGAAGUAGUCCAGUUAAUGGAAACUCUGGACACUAUGUUGGAGAAAUCUGGAAUUGAUGAUGAGGAAAUAGAAGUGAAAGGACCCACACAAAUGCAUAAUUUAUUGGAAUUAAUAAAAAAAGAGCAAAAUAUUUAUAAUUUGAUAUUCCAUGAACUCAUUAGACAGGUAAGUUAAAAUUGUGAUGUGAUGCAUUGUAACCAGUGUAUUCUAUUCUAGGCUGCAAA